UCUCAGCGAUCUGAUCCGCUUGUCUUCAAGCCUCUCUCCGACUUCGAGAGCUCGUUGGGGCGACGACGAUGGCGAAACGUUCUUCGGUGCAGGCCCUCUACGAGCUCUGCAAGAAGACCUUCACGCCUUCUUCUGCUUGUCCUUCCCCCAUUGCCAUCCGAAAGCUCGCUGCUUUCUUGGAUACAAUGGGUCCUGAGGAUGUUGGACUCAAACAAGAUAAUCUCGAGGAUGACAGAGGACAUGGUUUCUUUGGAUCAAACCUGUCCAAGAGUACAUCUAGACUAGCUCGCUGGGCGCAACCAAUAACAUACUUGAAUAUAUACGAGUGUGAAAGCUUUACUAUUGUUGUUUUUUGCUUGCCAACUUCAUCAGUUAUUCCACUUCAUGACCAUCCUGGAAUGAUUGUUCUAAGCAAGAUUCUUUACGGUUCCUUGCAUGUAAAAGCAUAUGACUGGACUGAACCUCCAUGCAAACCAAUAAGUGGUGAACAAAAUUACUUUCCAGUGAGGUUGGCUAAGUUACAUACAGACACUGUCCUCACCGCACCAUGCCCAACAACAGUUCUCUACCCCACAACCGGAGGCAACUUACACUGCUUCACUGCCGUUGCUCCUUGCGCUGUGCUUGAUGUUCUUGCACCUCCAUAUUCUGAAGCUUCUGGCCGGCUCUGUACAUAUUACCAUGAUUACCCUUUCUCCAGUUUCUCAUCUGAAAAGAAACUAGAUACCGAUGAGAAUGAAAAUGAUUACGCGUGGCUUCAAGCCAUAGAAGCCCCAGACAAUCUUCAUAUGCGUUCGGGUAAAUACACUGGUCCGGCUGUACAGGAAGAGUAUUGCUUUCCAGGCUCAUGCACAGUAGUUUAAAUCGAUUCGAUUUCGGUUCUCAUUGAAUCUGCACUCCACUUGUUAAUCAAAAGCAUGGAUUGAAAAAAGGCUUAACACGGCAAGUCGAAAUGGAUUCACCAGUGCAAUAUGCAGUUAUUGCUUGUGACUUUAAGUUCAUGUUGAUACGGUGGAACGGGAUUUUCUUCUUAAUAGAUUAAUAGAACUUUUUUUUUUCUUUUUUAAAGUAAUGUAAAUUUAUUCUUGAGAAAUUAUUGCUACUGUUGGUAUAACUUGUAUUUCUAUCAAUGAAGGCGAUUUUUCGGGGCUUUGACAAUCA